AUGAACCCAUCAAAUACUUUUGUCGGCUCGAUCGACCAGGGUACUACAAGUACUAGAUUCCUCAUUUUCAACCGCGAUGGUGAGCCUGUUGCAUCACACCAGGUUGAAUUUAGCCAAAUCUAUCCCUACCCAGGCUGGCACGAACAUGAUCCCAUCGAGAUAGUAGCCUCCGUCGAAACGUGCAUUUCAGAGGCCGUCUCGAAGUUCGAGACCGCAGGCCAUAGCCGGGCCGACAUCAAAUGUAUCGGAAUCACCAACCAGCGCGAAACGACCAUCGUCUGGGACCACGAAACCGGCGAGCCUCUCUACAAUGGUAUUGUUUGGACAGAUACACGCUCACAAUCAAUUGUCACGGAACUGAGGAAGAAGCCCGGCGCUGCGCAACUCCCCAACCUUUGCGGUCUCCCUUUAUCAACAUACUCAUCCGCACCCAAGUUACUCUGGAUGCUCACGCACAUCCAAAAAGUCAGAGAUGCAUUCGACCGCGGAACCCUUGCGUUUGGAACAGUCGAUGCUUGGCUCGUGUACCGUUUGAACGGUGUGGAUGCCAACGUUUUUGUCUCGGAUUCGACAAACGCUUCGCGGACGAUGUUUGUGAAUCUGAAAACUUUGCGAUAUGACGAGAAACUGCUUGACUUUUUCGGGGUCCGGGGGAGGAUCCACUUGCCGACCAUCGUGCCCUCGUCUCAUGCUACUGCGUAUGGGGUUGUUGGAUCCGGGGAAUUGGCCGGCGUGCCGAUCAUGGGGUGCUUGGGAGAUCAGUCUGCCGCACUGGUUGGUCAGAAGGGGUUUUCGCCUGGAAUGGCGAAGAAUACGUAUGGAACUGGCUGUUUUCUUCUAUACAAUGUUGGAGAACGGCCAGUUUUCUCCACGCAUGGGCUGUUGGCGACAGUUGCAUAUGACUUUGGUAGGCCCGUUUAUGCUCUUGAAGGAAGUAUUGCUGUUGCUGGAUCUGGGAUCAAGUUCUUGCAGAAUAAUUUGGAAUUUUUCAAAGAGUCCAAGGAGGUGAAUGAUCUCGCUUCCUCGGUGGAUGAUAAUGGUGGAUGCGUUUUUGUUACUGCUUUCAGCGGCUUAUUUGCACCCUAUUGGAUUGAUGAUGCGAAAGGGACCAUAUGUGAGUCUUCAUGUUCUUCUGAUGCAAUGGCCAAGCUUUGUCUUACAUUCACAGUUGGGAUCACCCAAUACACCCAGAAGGGACACAUUGCACGCGCAACACUGGAAGCAACCUGCUUUCAGACUAAAGCCAUCCUUGACGCAAUGGAGAAGGAUAGUGGUCAUACACUUUCAGAACUAGCCGUUGAUGGGGGUAUGAGCAACUCAGACCUAGCAAUGCAGACCCAAGCCGAUUUGAUCAAUAUCCCCGUGUACCGCCCCAAAAUGCGUGAGACCACAGCUCUCGGUGCUGCAAUCGCAGCUGGUCUCGCCAUCGGUGUGUGGCGCAAUUUUGCAGAGCUACGUGACAUCAAUCGUGCUGGUGGUACCGUUUUUGAGCCCGAAAUGUCCCGUCAGAAAAGCAAAGAAAGAUUUGAAGAAUGGGAAAUCGCUGUGAAUAUGAGUAGAGGAUGGGUUAAGUCUGAUGAUCGUUGUGAUAGCGGAACAAACACAACACCAUGUCCGAGGAAGAAGGAUGCAGAUCCCCCCUUGCAGACAACAGGGGAUGACCGCUCUUUCAUCUCUGAAGUAUCCAAAACGCGUAUUUUUGCCGAUGCGACUAGGAAGACGACACAGAUAUCCGUGAAGGAGAUAGAGGUUCACCCUGUUUCUAAGCCCCCGGCAAAUAUUGGGGCUGAUUUGGACGACAUGGAUGAAGAAGAGUUGUUCUUUGAGCUGCGCAAAGUCGAGAUAUUGAAAAGGCUCAAGAAGUUGAGGAGUAUGGACUACUACUAA